AGCAACCUAUGUCCUCGUUGAUGUGCUGGAGAACAUCAAGGAAAAAAAUAAAAUGCUGGUGGUUCAAGAUAAUGGUGGGGGGAUGACUCCUGAUAAGAUGCGACAGUGCAUGUCUCUAGGCUAUUCUGCAAAAAGCAAGUUGGCGAACACAAUUGGACAAUAUGGGAAUGGCUUUAAGACCAGUACUAUGAGGCUCGGGGCAGAUGUCGUUGUGUUCUCACGCUGUUGGGGGAAGUACGGGGAAAGCACAACACAAAGUGUCGGAAUGCUGUCGUAUUCAUUCUUGCGGGAUACUGGGAAGGAAGAUAUAGUGGUUCCCAUGAUUGAUUAUGAGAAAAUGGGAGAAACUUGGAAUAUGCAAGUGAAAUCAUCUUCUGAUUGUUGGCAACGAAAUCUUGAGACCAUUGUGCAGUGGUCUCCCUAUGAAAGUGAAGAAGAUCUUCUUAGACAGUUCAAUUUCUUGGAUGAUCAAGGCACACGGAUCAUAAUCUAUAAUCUCUGGGAGGACGAAGAAGGAUCAUUGGAAUUGGAUUUGGACGCCGACCAACAUGAUAUUCAAAUCAGAGGUGCUAACAGAGAUGAGAAGAAGAUACAGAUGGCCAAUAUGUACUCAAGCUCUAGGCAUUUUCUUACUUAUCGCCAUUCAUUGAGGAGCUAUACCUCAAUUUUGUACCGUAGGAUCCCACCUGGUUUUCGCAUCAUCUUACGGGGGAAGGAUGUUGAUCAUCAUAAUAUAGCUGACGAUUUGAUACACACUAAAGAGCUUGUAUAUAAGCCAGCAGCUUCUGCAGAUGCAGCAGCAAAGGAUCCAAAUAUGUUAGCUGUGGUAACACUUGGAUUUGUUAAAGACGCAAGAUGCCAUAUUGACAUUCAAGGGUUUAAUGUAUAUCACAAGAAUCGGCUUAUAAAGCCUUUUUGGAGGGUCUGGAAUGCCGCUGGAAGUGACGGUCGAGGAGUCAUAGGUAUUUUGGAAGCUAACUUUGUUGAACCAGCACAUGAUAAACAGGGAUUUGAGCGCACAAUUGCGCUAUCUAGACUUGAGGCUAGGCUAGUACAUUUGCAGAAGACUUUUUGGUCUGAAAACUGCCACCUCAUCGGCUAUGCUCAACGGCGUCAUCCAAAGAAGUCUGCUUUGCCUGAGAAAAAAGCUUCAGCUAUUGCCAAAGAUAAAUCAAAUCCUAAGCAUAAUACAAAAGGGAACCCCCCGAAAGGUGGCUCCUCACCUGCUCUGGCUGCCAGUAAUAUUGAAGGGAGAACUCGGUUUGAGACACCGGCUAGAAAUCACCAUAAGCCUUCUCCAUCACUCGAGAAGCCUCAAUCAGAAUGUCCAUCAGCAGACAAAGUGGCUGGAAAUGUGCAGGUCAAGACAGAAGAUACCAGCGUAGACGCAUCCUUUCUUUUCCCGUAUUCUACUCUUCCUUCAACUACUGAUAUGGUUCUUAAGUUGAAAGAAGAGAAUGGUCGCUUGAGAAACAGUUUGAGGAAUGUACUGCACGAUUUGCAGUAUGAAAAAGACAAGAGCAAGUCACUGGAAAAUCAGAUUCAUGAAAUGAAGCAAAAGAUUGAUAAAAUGGAUCAAGAACAAGAACAGUUUGUUAGUUCCUUCUCAGAAGAAAGAAGCCGGCGAGAUAAAGAGGAAGAAAAUCUGAGAAGAAGAGCAAAGGAGGCUUCUGAAACUAUUCAAGGAUUGCUGAGAAAAGUGAGGAUACUAGAGGCCACCAGUGCCAUGCAUUCACAUUAAUCAAGUUUAAUACAAAAUUGUUGGAUUAGCUAUCCUUUUAUAUUUAGUAGCCCAAGUUCAAUCCAGGGGUCCGAUAUAGAAUGAAUGAACAAAUUGUUGGAUAAGCUAUCCGGUCUGACAUUAACCGUGGACGCCAUCCUCAUUUCUCCUAGAUUUCUUGUCUAUUCAAUCCCAGUUUUCACUCUCAAAUCAUACAUUUCUUUCUUUUGCCGGAAAUUUUGGUGCAAUCCUAUGAGUGUAUUGGACAGAAUGAUCAUAGGCCCAUGAUCUACAGCUUCUUCACUCUACCUAAUCCCCAAUUGUGCGUCCAGUGAAAGUUUGUGCAUGCAACAAACUUUUUUAGCU